AUGUUCCGCAGAGCUCGAGGCCAAGUUGCCAAAAAGGACAAAAAGAAGGGGGCCACCUCCCCAAGACAUGAUAUUUGCUUCCGCAAGCCUACCCAAACAGUCGUCCAAGUCCGUAGUCCGUGUGCUGUAACUUCGCAUUUCGCUGACCACCUGAUUUUUCGAUAUGAGGUUGCACAAGACCAGGGCAUCCGCAGGCUUGAAAUCGCACGGCCAGGCCCUCUCGGCUCCGUAAUAUCCGACCAAUCAUCUAUUCGUGAAAUUGCGAAUCUUACAAUGCCUUUCCUGUCAUUGGCCCAGAGGCCACCCUGCUUUCUCACCUCCCCAGGCACCGUACGGUUCUCCGGUCCUUUGACGCCAUCGGUAGUGUGUUCUAGUACCAAGGAGAGUCUCGAUGGGGUGAAUGUGGAAGAAGAAUAUCCGAAUUGUAGCCCGCCGGACACCAUGCCAUUGGAUUUAAUGGCGUCUCUCGUCUCGUCUCUCGUCUCUCGUCUCUCGUCUCUCCUCUUCCUCGUUUUCAACUUGUCUCCCAACACUUCCAAGCAAAGAAACCACGACCUUUUCCUCGACUCACUUAUUUCCAUCAGUCCAGUACUCGGGUCUCAGGUCAAAAAGAGGAAGUACUAUCCAGUAAAACCUUCGCCAACUUCUAUUCCCAACAUUAAUACACACUUACACGCCAAAUCCCAUACCACCACCCUCCGCCAUGGCACCCACAUACACAAUGUCCGCACAUCUGUGCAAGCAAAUCUACUCUUCCUGGCGUCAAACCCGCCACGGCUCUCCGGAAACGACCAUUCCAUCACCAGCCGUUCAUGCUCCCAACAUGUCCGCCUAUUUCCCUUCUUCCCCUUCCGCCUCCUCGUCAAGCACGCGAACUCCGUCGCCCUCCCAGGAGAAGCGCAGCAUGGACAGCGACCGCAGCGAAUCUCCCAGCUUCUCAUCCAUGAGGAGGUCCUCAAGCUCUAUCAGGUUGAGGAGGAAUGGACCAAAAUGGAAGUUGCAAACACACCAUCGAGGGCAUGUAUAUAUAUAUGCUUGCCACAACAGAUCCGGGAUUCAUGGAGGGUUUUGUCUUUCUCUCUUCUCAGCGGCUCUACCAUCAAGGGAAGGAAAAACGGAACAGCGAAUCCCAAGCGUCACGCCCAUCCUAAACAAUUUUUUUUUUCCCAUAUCGACCCGUCGCACCGCGGACGGGGUAACGACGACACGAAACGACAUGAUCACCUUUCCCCGGGCCUCCCUCUCUUGCAGGACAACGCGCAUCGCUGCCUCGUGGUGAUGACAAGACUCGUCAUGAGAUGUCGAGAUGUUGCUCCGUCUAAUUCAUCAACACACACUCCCACUGAAUCGAAUCGCGCCAUCGGAGCCCUUCAUGGCAACCAUGUCAUGAUUAAAACGAGCCACACACAGCUUUCCGCCAAGACACCUACGGGAUAUGAAAUUGAAAGUCAACGCAACGGGUCGAGGGAGGGGUCCUGGGGUCCUGGUGUCAUAUGCACCAUCUACUACCUGGUCUAG